UUUUGGGACUAGCAACUCCUGGGUUGACUUCUGGGGGAGGCUUGGAUAGUUUUUAUGAUUUUAAAUGAUUUAAAAAAAAUUCUCUCUCCCUUCCCCUUCCUUUUCUAUUUACAAGCAGGAAAAUUAUGCCAGUGAGGAUAAAAAAAGGCUAAGAGAUGCACAGCUUACACAGGCAGGAAUUACCUUCUGAAUAUACAUAGGAAGGGGUGUUUCACUCAAAAAACUUUUGGAGUUCUGAGCAUCAGAAAAUAGAGGGGAUUUAAACCAGCUGGCUGAUGUGAUUUUAAUUAAAAGAGCUUUGAUAUGUAACUGCAUUUUGUUAAACUAAGAUCCUUGAGUAGGAAUGUGCUAGAAACAUUAAAUGGGAACAGUUCCCCUUGAAGGUUCUUCAGGGUGGGAACUGUCUCUUCCUGUGUAGAUGUACAGCACCUGGUACAUUGGAUCCAAUCUCUUUCGGGGCUGCCUGCUGUUACUGUCAUACUGACAUGAUCUCAUCUGAAUGAGCAGUGAAAUCACUUUUCUAUCUCUGUAUUCUGCACCUCUGGAUUCUUCAGCACUUACCUGACUCACGUUGCCUUUUUCUCUCCUCCCCUCACCUCCAGCUAUUCCAUCCUUGCUGUUGAGCACUCUGCUGUGCUUGAAAUACAUCGUGCUGCAUGCAGCUCCCCUGUCGGAGUUCUCAGGGGACCAGGGAUUCCAGCUGUUUCUGCAGAAGAACUUGGAAUUCACUCGCAAGAUCAAAAUGGAUGUUGAGAACAUGCGGCAGCACAUGUGCGAUAACUUUCAACUCUGCAAGGAGGAGGAGCUCAUGCUUGUCAAGCAGAACCUCAACAUCUUCCAGCCAUCACUGAAUCAGUGUCUGAGCAAGCCCUUCCAAGUGGACGUCUGCUUCAGCCAAAUACGGGAGGGACUCCAGACCUACCAUGGCUACCUCUUCACCAUUGCCCAGCUCCUGCCCAGUCACUCCACCCAAGUGGAAGGGCUUCAACUGGAUACCUCCAAUCUCUCCACCAAUAUCCAACAGCAGAUAGAGGCUCUUGGGCUGAACAUGGGGAUGGUGACAUACCCCAAGGAGGAAGGCCAAGGCACCCUCCUCACCUUCUCAUCCCAGUUCUACCAGCAAGCCGGAGGAUACAUCAUCCUUGCCAACUUCCAGCUCUUCCUGGACCUUGCCUACCGGGUGCUGCGUCACCUCAUCAUGCCAUAACGGGGCACAGGGCACUCCACUCAUGGGGAGGCACUGCUCUCAUUGGCAUCACAGCACCCUCCCCAAGGAGUAGCUGCAGAUUCUGAAAUCUAAAGGGCACAUUUACAAAUAGAACGUUCCUAAUACAGGAGCUGGGUGGACUGGGGAAGCAUUUAGGGCACUCUCUAUUCUCAGGAAGAUUCUCUAGUCCUUCAACAUCAAAACUUUCUUUCCACCUCAAACUGUCAUAGCGACAACAUAGCCUUUUCCUUGUUUAUGGCUGGAUGGGCUUGCCACCCUUGUUUGAACAAGGACAAAACCCAGUGCCUGCCUCUAUGCUCCUACCCUGGUUACUAUUUCUGAGGCAUGUAUGGUCCUACUUAACCCUUAUUUAUUUCUCAUUCCCAAGCCAUACUGGUGCCUCCUGGCACACAGUCCCAAUACUAACCCACGCUGGAUCCAGCUACCCAGCAUAUUUAAUAUUUAUCAUUAUUUAAUAUUUAUGCAGCUUUUAGAACUCAGACGUGAUGCAUUUAAAUCUGGAGGCUAUUUUUAAGGUUAAAAAAAAAUCAUUAUGAGUCUUGGGUGUUGGCACCAGACAUGUUGCAGCAUCAGGAAGCCUAGAUACAAGGCAAACAGCUGCACUUGGGCUGCAAUUCCUGCAUAUUUUUAUAUGUGCACAAUGUAGGUACUGUUUAAUAUUUAAACAAGUGAGUAUCCCCAUAAUGAGGUUUUUGUUGUCUGGGAGCUGGACCAAGCACAGAACUGGGAGUCAGGGGCUCCUAAACUUUCGGGCCAGCUAGGCACAGGCUCCCUGCAUGACUGUAGGCCACAAAUUGUACUGCAGUUUCCCCAUCUGUAAAAUGGGGGUGCUACUGUUUACCUGCUUUGCCAAUAUGUUGCGAGGCUUACAUAGUUAAUGUCUGAAAAAGGGGCAAUAUGAAGAGUGAGAAGGUAGGAUGAGAAAGGGAUGGGGGGGGGGGGGGGGCUCUUUAGUGAGAUCUCAGCCCCAGGGAAGGGCAGGCUCUGCACUCUGCCGAGACUCUCACUGACCUCCCCAGAUCUGAGAUCUACCCAGCCCCCCUCUGCAAGCUCAACCACUUUCCUCCUUGAACUGCUUCUGUCCUUGCCACAACACAAACCAACAUUUUAGCACAAUGCUGUAAAAGAAGCUGGAACAAGUGCAGAAUGGAGCUGCGGGGUUUGGAGUUUACGUCCCAACUCUGCCAUGGAUGAGCUGCAUGCACUUCAGCAUGUCACAGGAACAUGGGAGUGGAAGGAAAUCAUCCAGGUGACUGAGUUCAGAUCCCUCUUUGUGCCUUACUUUAAUAUGGGGAGAAUUUCCUUCCUCCGUGGUUGAAGGCAGUUUAAAAAGGAUAUUUCCCUUUGUUGGUUGUGGUUGGAGCAGGGACAGAAUCAGUCAAUGUUGUUUUUAUUACGAGUACAUUUACUCAAGCUGCAAUUAUUAGUUAAAAGGCUUGCCAAGAGAUGAGACUGUAACAGGCACCUUAAUUGUGGUGCAUGUGUAAUUUCACCAUUAAAACUAGGCAGCCUUUUGUAAGUUAUUCGUUUUUGGUUUGUUUGUUUUUACAAGUGUACAAUCCAAUAUUCUUUAUAACUCUCACAAACUAUUUAUUGUUUCCUUUCACUAUAAACUAAUUAGUUUAUUUAUUAUAAUUUAUUUACAUGAGUCUUUAUUCCUGUUGCAUACCACCAUCCCUUUCCGUUGGGUUAAUCCAGAAUUCCACUAGAUUGGAACGACUCCUAAACUCUAUUCACAUCCAAACUAGAGUCAUUCAGAUUGGACUGUGCUGGAGAGGUUUAUGUUGCUUGAAUGUUUUCAAUGUGUUACUGCCUCACAGGUAGUAUCCACAAGCAUGUGGAUACACGUGGGAGUAUACUGGAUUGUACUACUCUCCAAACCAUCAGUGCACCCAGAUGAAGGCGGAACACUCCUGAAUGUUUGCAGUUUUGUUUAAAAGCAUAGUUUUCACUGACAAAUUAAAAAAAAAAAAAAAUCAGAAUUUUAAAUUUAGCCAAAUGACAGGUGGAAUGUAUUAUUUUGUAACUGUCUGUUUAUAUAAUAUAUAUUUGACAUUUUUCUAUUUAUUGUUAUGCACAGACCAAAUCCACUGUAUUUUUUUAUUUAAAAGAACUAAGGAAAUAAAGAUAUUUUUGUUGCUUUCAAUAACAUUAAUGUUUGUUUGCAUUUAUCAGUCCCUUGAGAGACCAAGCUCUACCCAUUUAAGCAGAACUAAACUAAUGUACUUUAUUUAGGAUCCUAGCAGAGAGAGACCUGAUCAGUUGGUCACUUGCUGUAGAACUCUAUAUGUUCACGCUAACAGAUAAUUCCUUAACAUGUUGUCAAAUCAAAUACCUGCAGCCUGGGAGACAACCAAUUAGUAGAGAAUGAAUCUGUUACUAAGCAGAAACUGCACUUCAGCUUAGCCAAAGCAAAAGAUGCAAGGUUGUUUUCAAGGUUCAAAGCUGGUUACCUUCCCAGUCUAUUAGCACUAAACUGGGCUUUUCAAAGGAAACAAAAAGAGUUGGGUGCCAGCCUCCAUAGGGAUUUUGCAUAGAAUAUCUGCACCUCUUGGGAAAAAUCCUAGUGAACUCCAGACCUAAAGCCUGGAUAAAAAUGAAGCAUUCUGUUCUUAGGCUCCAAUUUUGGCUACAGGCAAAUACAAAAUACAUCUUCGUAGCUCCACGCCACAUCCAUUAAGGAAUGUAGCAAGAUGCUAGGUCUAAUGAUUCAGAAUUUCCUCUGCCCUGCUCAGAAGCAGAAAGGGGGGAAAAAGCCAUUGAUCGAUCAAGAAGAACUUAAAAAGGGGCAAGCCUACACGUCAUCCUACGGCAAUCUAGCAAUGUGCUACAUCACUGUACGGUGGCACACUACAGCG